GAGAAAGGUGCAAGAUAAUGCUUGACUCGUUGACAUGUGCGGGGGAGUGAUGGCGAGUCAUGUUGGUGAAGGUGACUUGUUGGUGACGUAGAAGCUUCUGGACAAUUCUGGCAGGAACGCUGCCUGCCUUGAUCUUGCUAGCAUCAUCUGGCGCUGACGGGAAAACAGGAGUUUCUUCUGCAUGUUCGAACCCGACGACUAUAUCAAUCUUGUCGACGCCUUUGUUCUCUGCCUCAUCAGACAUCAAAUAUCAGACAUCAAACACAUUCACGCCUUGCAUACGCACACGCACUCGCAUACGCAUUUACUACUCUACGCUUCACGAGUCACGACACUAUACCACGUUACACAACCUAAUUACACGCUUACCACAUAAUCACCACAUAAAAUGGCAGCCUCAGGAAUGUCAUUCACCGACAAGGCAGCAUCUGCUUUGGCCGAUGCUCAAGAUCUCGCACAACAAUACUCGCACACACAACUACAACCGCUUCACCUGGCCGUCGCACUGCUGGAUCCUCCUCCGGAUCUUAGCAAGGACCAGCAGAACCCCACUGGCCAUGCAUCACACGGAGCAGCAUCGGCGCCACUCUUCAAGCAAGUCGUCGAGAGAGCCCAUGGAGACCCCCAACUACUCACUCGCUCGCUCAACAAGGCCAUGGUUCGUCUCCCCAGCCAGGACCCGCCGCCAGAGCACCUCUCCAUGAGCCCUGCUUUCUCAAAGAUGCUGCGCGCCGCCGACCAGUUGUCCAAGACCCAGAAGGACAGCUUUAUCGCCAUUGACCACUUCAUCUCCUCGCUCGUUCAAGAUCCCACAGUCACAAAAGCUCUCGCCGAGGCUAAUGUGCCCAACACCAAGCUCAUCGACAAUGCCAUCCAACAAAUCAGAGGCAACAAGCGCGUUGACUCAAAGACUGCUGAUGCCGAGGAAGAGAGCGAGAAUCUGAAAAAGUUCACCAUCGACAUGACAGCCAUGGCAAGAGAGGGUAAGAUGGACCCCGUCAUUGGUAGAGAGGAAGAGAUUAGAAGAGUCAUCCGCAUCCUGUCCCGUCGUACCAAGAACAACCCCGUGCUGAUCGGUGAGCCUGGUGUCGGUAAGACUACCGUCGUCGAGGGGCUCGCCCAGCGCAUCGUCAAUGCAGACGUGCCCGCCAACUUGGCCGCCUGCAGACUGCUCUCCUUGGACGUCGGUGCUCUUGUUGCUGGCAGCAAGUACCGUGGUGAGUUCGAAGAGCGCAUGAAGGGUGUUCUAAAGGAGAUUGAAGACUCGAAGGAGAUGGUCGUUCUCUUCGUCGAUGAGAUUCACUUGCUCAUGGGCGCUGGUUCUUCAGGAGAGGGUGGCAUGGAUGCUGCCAACUUGUUGAAGCCCAUGCUCGCUCGUGGUCAAUUGCACUGUAUUGGUGCCACUACCCUGUCCGAGUACCGCAAGUACAUCGAGAAGGACCAGGCUUUCGAGCGCCGUUUCCAGCAAGUCUUGGUUAAGGAGCCUUCAGUUCCGGAGACCGUUUCCAUUCUUCGUGGUCUCAAGGAAAAGUACGAAGUCCACCACGGUGUCACCAUUCUCGACGGUGCCAUCGUCGCUGCCGCCACCUUGGCCGCUCGCUACCUCACUCAGCGUCGUCUUCCUGACUCUGCUGUCGAUCUCAUUGAUGAGGCCGCCGCUGCCGUUCGUGUCACUCGCGAGUCUCAACCCGAAGCUCUCGACAACAUGGAACGCAAGCUCCGUCAACUCGAGAUUGAGAUUCACGCCCUCAACCGUGAAAAGGAUGAAGCUUCUCAGGCACGCCUCGCUCAAGCGAAGGCUGAGGCCGCCAAUGUUGAAGAAGACCUCAAGCCUAUUCGCGAGAAGUACGAGAGCGAGAAAUCGCGCGGCAAGGAGAUCCAGGAAGCCAAGCUCAAGCGUGAUCAACUCAUCACCAAGCAACAAGAGGCCGAGCGCAUGCGUGACUUGCAGACCGCUUCCGACCUCAAGUAUUACGCUGUUCCUGAUCUCGAGGAACGCAUCAAGCAGCUUGAGAAGGACAAGGCUGCUUCCGAUCUUGACCAAAUGAAGCAAGCUCAGGCUUCUGGUGAAGCUCCUCUUCUCACCGAUGCUGUCGGUCCUGAUCAGAUCAACGAGAUUGUUGCUCGCUGGACUGGUAUCCCCGUUACUCGUCUGAGAACCACCGAAAAGGACAAGCUCCUACAGAUGGAGCGUCACCUCAGCGAGAUUGUCGUCGGUCAGAGAGAAGCUGUCACAUCGGUUGCCAACGCCAUUCGUCUACAACGUUCUGGUCUUGCCAACCCCAAUCAGCCACCUUCGUUCCUCUUCUGUGGUCCUUCUGGUACCGGUAAGACUUUGCUCACCAAAGCACUGGCCGAGUUCCUGUUCGACGAUCCUCGCGCCAUGAUCCGCUUCGACAUGUCCGAGUACCAAGAGAGACACUCCCUGUCACGCAUGAUCGGUGCACCCCCUGGCUACGUCGGUCACGAUGCAGGCGGUCAACUUACCGAGGCCCUUCGCCGCCGCCCCUUCUCCAUCCUUCUGUUUGAUGAGGUCGAGAAGGCAGCCAAAGAAGUCCUUACUGUCAUGCUGCAACUCAUGGACGACGGUCGCAUCACCGAUGGCCAAGGUCGUGUUGUCGACGCUCGCAACUGUAUCGUCGUCAUGACAUCCAACCUCGGCGCCGAGUACCUCGCUCGUCCCAAUGCACCUGACGGCAAAAUCGAUCCGACCACCAAGGAAAUGGUCAUGGGCUCUCUGCGCAACUACUUCCUUCCCGAGUUCCUUAACCGUAUCUCGAGCAUUGUCAUCUUCAACCGUCUUUCCAAGAAAGAGAUUCGCAGUAUUGUGGAUGUCCGCCUUGAAGAGAUUCAACACCGACUCUCUCAGAACGGAAGGAAUGUACGCAUCGAGCUUUCCACAGAUGUCAAGGAUUACCUUGGCUCGGCUGGCUACUCUCCCGCCUAUGGUGCUCGUCCUCUUGCUCGCUUGAUUGAGAAGGAAGUGCUGAAUAGACUUGCGGUACUCAUUCUCAGAGGUUCCAUCAGAGAUGGAGAGACUGCUAGAGUUGAACUUGAGGAAGGACAUGUAGUUGUUCUUCCGAACCAUACAGAGUCUGAUGGUGAGGACAGCGAGAUGUGGGAUGAGGAGGAUGCGGUUGCCGAGCUGGAUGCUGUGGAGGGAGACAUGGAACUUUACGAUUGAAGAUGAGAAGAUGAGAAGAUGAGAAGAUGAAGAUGAUGGAAAAAGCAUGAAAAAGCACGAAAAAGCAUACAUUUGCAUUAGAGCGUAGUUCUGGAGUCUGAUUGAGCAUGGCGCCAAGGGUAGUGGGAUA